AUGGACGGAGGGGAGAAGCGGGGUCUGAUGGCGCAGGACGAUGAGGCUAUGUGCACAUCAGCCUCUGAUGGCUUGGAGGAGGGAGAGGUGGAAGGCGAGACCCUGCUUAUCGUAGAGUCCGAGGACCAAGCGUCUGUGGAUCUCUCGCACGACCAGAGCGGAGACUCGCUGACCAGCGACCCGGGCGAGGACACAGAGGGCACUUGGAGUGAGGACACGGCCUUUUACUGCGAAAAGUGCCGCAAGUGGAUUCCUGCCGCUCAGCUUCGAGGAGAGCAGCCCAGCUAUCUAAAAGGAGAUAACUUCUUCAAGUUCAUCUGCUCUGACUGUUCUGACGACAGCAAGGAGAGCUUCGAGAGGAUGCGACUCACAUGGCAGCAGGUGGUGAUGCUGGCCAUGUAUAACUUGUCUUUAGAGGGAACUGGUCGGCAAGGCUAUUUCCGCUGGAAGGAGGAUAUUUGUGCUUUUAUCAGCCGACACUGGACAUUUUUACUUGGCAGUAGGAAGAAGACAUCAACAUGGUGGAGCACAGUUGCUGGUUGUUUGUCCGUUGGCAGCCCGACCUUCUUCCGAUCCGGAGCUCAGGAAUUUGGCGAGCCUGGCUGGUGGAAGCUUGUGCAGAAUCGUCCACCCACCCUCAGACCAGAAGGAGAUAAACCCUCCACUGCAUCUCUUAAACACAAAGCUGCAUCCAAGCCACCACCAGACCCCACCAUUACGGUGGAGGGGCUUCGCAAGCGCGGUGCCCGCAGCGCCGUAGAGAGCGCCAUGCGGCUGAAAGAGAAGCGGUCCCGCACGCAGGAGGCCAAGGAGAUCCGCAGGGCGCAGAGAGAGGCCGUCUCGGCCCCGCUCAGACCGACCGGCCGCCCAUUCGUGCUGGAAAGGGGCGAGGUGGUGGACUUCGCUUCGAUGAGCUCAUCCGACCCGACGUCCCCUUCGCCAUCGCCCUCGCCCGACUUCUCAGCCCCCGGCACACCCGCUUCGCACUCGGCUACACCCAGCUUGCUCUCUGAGGCCGACCUGGUACCUGACGUCAUGCCCCCUCAGGCUCUGUUUCACGAUGAUGAGGAACUAGACGCUGAAUGUGCGAUCGACCCAGGCAGCGAGUACGCCCCCGCAAUCAGAGGCGCCGUGCCAACAGCCUUCUCCCGCAAAAAACAGGAGCUCAUCAAGCAGGAGCCGGAGAGCGAGGACGACGCAGACGACGGCCGGGACGAAGGAAGGAAAGAAAAGGGCGAGCGCAGAAAAGAAAAGGGCGAAGCACCAGCAGUGCCCAACAAACCCCGCUACGCCCACCUUAGCCUGUACGAGGAGCGCAUGCUGCUCCGGAAGCUGGGGGCGUGCCCACAAGCGCUGGCGGUCACACCGCAGGCCAAUCGGCUGCGGCGGAAGCUGCUGGUGCGACAGGCCAAGCGUGAGAGAGGGCUCCCGCUGCUGGAUGUCGACCAGGCGGUCAACGCGGCCAUCAGUUUGGUGGGAGGUGUGUACGGAGCACAGGUAGCGGCGUCCAGUGGGAUGGGCAAGUUCAGGAUGAACAGUCAGGAUCUGCGAAUUCUCGACCGCUUUCAGGUCCCAGCAUCCAGCAGAAAGGACUUCUACCAGUCCAACGUUUCCUUCUGGCACAGACUCAUGGGGGCCGAUGCCUGCAUGGAUCUGGAAAUCAAGAGCCCUUACACGUCUCGGACUCUCAAACCUUAUAUACGGAGAGACUACGAGACGAAACCGCUGAAGAUUAAACUGCUGGCUGAGAUUCGGGCGUACCCGCACAGGAACGACCCGACCUGGGUUCCCAAACCUGACUCGCCCAUAGAUUACUGCUACGUACGACCCAACCACAUCCCCUCUGUCAACUCCAUGUGCCACGACAUGUUCUGGCCUGGUGUGGACCUCUCGGAGUGUCUGCAGUACCCGGACUUCAGUGUGGUGGUGCUCUAUAAGAAGGUGAUCAUCGGAUUUGGCUUCAUGGUGCCCGACGUCAAAUAUAACGAAGCCUACAUCUCCUUUCUGCUGGUGCAUCCUGAGUGGAGGAGGGCUGGUAUCGCCACCUUUAUGAUUUACCAUCUAAUUCAGACCUGUAUGGGGAAGGACGUCACUCUUCACGUUUCCGCCAGCAACCCCGCCAUGCUCCUGUACCAGAAGUUCGGCUUCAAGGCCGAGGAGUACAUCCUGGACUUCUACGAUAAGUACUACCCAGUGGACAGCAAAGAGUGCCGACACGCUUUCUUACUGCGGCUCCGGCGCUGAGCGCUCUCUGAUUGGACAGAUCCGAGUCACCAAAACCGGUGAUAUUUUAUAGGGAUGUCAUAUGUUGGAGUACACUGCUCAUUCUGUUCUGUGAAUGUAAAUGUUGGUUUCAUUUUUAAAACGUGUCCGUGGAUAACGGCAUUAAAGUCAACCAAAACAGACAAACAAGACGUACACUAAUAGUGACGUUUUUCUUCUUGACCCUUAAAAUUUAAUGCGCAGGGGGAACAAAAAGCCUUGAAUGCAAAUCAUUUCCAUGAUAAUGUGAAUAAAAACACAAGAACA